AUGUCGCUCGUGCCCCACAUGGAUCAACUUUCUCUUUCCGACAAAACCGGCUUCUCCUUCGCUGUGCCCGCCGAGCAACCCAACUUCACAUUCGCAGUACCCUCAGCAUGCAAAAUGGAACAACAAGAAUCGCAUCCGCAUUUGCAACUCCUCGCGGAUAACUCCCAUACUGCCGAAACGACUGGAUCCAUCCCUAUCUUCCGUCCCGGUCUUUUGGCGCCUGCUCAGUCAGGUCUUUUGGGUGUGGAUAUCACCAGAGCACACAUGGAUCGCAAUGAGGUUUUGAAACAUCGCCUCUUUUACAAUGUCUCCGAUCCUACCAGUACUUUCAUUUGCGGUAGUCAGGGCUCCGGCAAAAGUCACACCUUGAGCAGCAUUCUCGAGAACUGCCUGAUCCCCUGCAAGGCGAAUUAUUUGCCGCGCCCGUUGGCUGGGCUCGUUUUUCAUUACGACACUUUCAUUUCUGACACGGGCGGUAUGCCUUGUGAAGCGGCUUAUCUCUCGAGCGAUCCAGCAGUGAGCGUGCGCGUGCUCUGCGCUCCCUCAAACAUCGGCAACAUCAAGCAGCGCAUCUACGCCGGACUUCCCAACGUCACAGUCCAGCCCCUCCGCAUCGACCAACGUGAUCUGAACACCAGUCGCAUGCUCGAUCUCAUGGCGGCAAACUCCAUCAAGGGAGGCAGCUUGCCGCUUUAUCUCCACGUCAUCCAACGCAUUCUUCGCGACAUGCGAAUCGCACAGCAAAAGACGAACUCCGGGUUCGACUACAAGACUUUCAAGCGUCUUGUCGAUGCCGAGGAUCUGAAGGAGGGCCAGAUUGUGCCGCUCCAGCAGCGUCUUGACACUUUGGAGAGUUUCAUGGAUCCUGCGCAGACUUCUGCGACGGGCAAGAUUCCGAAGGUUAAGGCGGGUAUUGAGUGGAAGCUCAAGGCUGGCCAACUCACCAUCGUCGAUCUCUCUUGUCCCUGCGUGACCGCCGAAGCCGCGUGCUCACUGUUCAACAUCUGUCUCAGCAUAUUCCUGGAGCAGGACUCGAAGGACUCGAAAAUCGGCCGAAUAGUCGCCCUCGAUGAAGCCCACAAGUACAUGAACGACUCCUCCGACAGCCAAACCCUGACCGAGUCUCUCCUCUCCGUCAUCCGCCUCCAGCGCCAUCUCGGAACUCGCGUCGUUCUCUCAACCCAAGAACCAACCAUUUCCCCCAAACUCCUCGACUUGUGUUCCACGGUCAUCGUCCAUCGAUUCACGUCCCCAGCUUGGUUCGGCGUUCUCCGAAAGCAUUUGGCUGGUGUAUCCCGAGACGACUCUGACCAGAGGGCUUACUGCGAGAACCUCUUUUCUCAGAUCGUCGAGUUGAAGACUGGCGAAGCGCUUCUCUUUUGUCCGAGUGCGUUGGUUACUGUUGGUAUAACCGGGCAUGGGAAACUGGGGAAUGGCGCAAUGAAGAUUAGGGUGAGACAGAGAGUUACUGAGGAUGGUGGAAAGAGUAUCAUGGCGGACUGA